CUCUUGCCCGGCCCCUCCUCCUCCGCGACUGCACGCACUGCCCCACCAAUCGUCACUGGCUUUCACUUGCGAAGGCGAUAACUAUCAGUGUAUAUAUCUGUUUGCGGCUGUGCUUCUGCGCCUUCGGCAGGUUCACGAGAAGCUGCUUGCCUUGUUCUUUUCGUCUUUGUUGCUGGGCUCUUUCGAUGAUGAUUGCUAACAGCUGCGAGUCCCCGGUGUCACAGUAAACUUCAUCCCACACCCGCAAUUUCGUCACCAGGGUUGCUUAGCUAGCCCAACGAACCCAUCUGACCACCAACCUCCACCACCCCGCCACAGACAUCCCGCCCCACCCCUCUCCUACCACCCUGUACUUUCGACGACCAAAGAAGCCGCCAGCCAUGUUCUGGCGAUUCGGCGGAUACGCGAACACCUCGACGCUGGACACGAUCUUGGAGAAGCCAGAUGUGACGCUCGAGGAAUUGCUGGACGAAUCGGAUCUCAUCCAAGAAUUGAAGCAGCACAACACGAAGCUUAUAGAGUUCCUGCGGGACGAGAAGAUACUGCGGCGGCUGCUGGAAUACGUGAUCGCGCCCAAGCCUGCGCCGCGACAGAAGCCGACACCGAAGCAGGAUGGUGGGGAUUCGGAUGACGAGGAUUCGGACGAGAGCGACCGUAUCGCUCUUGAGGCUGAACGGGAGAAGACAAGGCUGAAAUAUGCUUAUGUUUCCUGCGAGGUCCUGUCGAGUGAGGCCUGGUCGCUCCUGGAGGCGCUGAUGCAAAACAUCGACCACCUCCGAAUGUUUUGGACGUUCCUGGAACGCCCGCCGCCAUUAGACCCCUUGCAGGCUAGUUAUUUUACAAAGGUCAACGAGACUUUAUUGGACAAGAAGACCGAGGAGAUGAUGUCAUUUGUUAGAAGCCUCGACGGAAUAGUACCCCGUAUCUUGAAGCAUGUCGAUUGCCCGAUGAUCAUGGAUCUGCUGCUCAAAAUUAUCAGCAUGGAGAAGUGUGAGGGUGGAGCGGGUAUAGUUGAUUGGCUACACUCGCAAAACCUCAUCCCUCUAUUACUCUCAUUCCUCUCCAGCGAACACAGCCAGUCGACACAGACCGCUAGCGGUGACUUCAUCAAGGCGCUCAUCACAAUAUCCGCCAACGCCUCGCAGAACGAACAGUCCUGCAUCGGCCCGAACGAUCUCACCCGACAAUUGGUAUCGCAAGAGUGCAUCUCGGGGCUCAUUUCCGACAUGCUCAAGGGCGGAAACCCCCUGACGGUUGGUGUCGGAAUAAUCAUUGAGGUCAUCCGGAAGAAUAACUCCGACUACGAUCCCGAUAUCGGCACCGGGGUGGACAGCGUCCCUUCGUCGAGAGAUCCAAUAUAUCUCGGCACUCUACUCCGACUGUUUGCGAGCCAUGUUCCGGAUUUCAUGAAACUCAUUAUGUCGUACGGACACACGGUGAACGCGGACGGCAGUAAGAACGAGAGCAAGCGGGAACUCAAAGUGGCCUUCGGCGGUGCGAUCGAGCCCCUUGGCUUCGACAGGUUCAAGACGUGCGAGCUCAUGGCGGAACUCUUGCAUUGCAGUAACAUGGGCUUGUUGAAUGAGAAAGGAGGUGAACGAUAUGUCAGGGAGAGGGACCGCGAGAGGGAGAGACUGAAGGCGGCGCGGCUCCAACACAUGCUUGCGACGGACGAGCUGGUGGAUCAUCAUGCCGGUGUCGAAGGCGUGGUUGUGGAAAAAGCGCCUCUUCAGGUUCAAAACGGUGGCGUUGAGAUGUCGGACGACGGUAUCAACGAAGAGGAAUUCGAGGAUGUAAUAAUCUCUGGGAUGCUGGACGAUGUUCGCGCCGACGCCGACAUGGAAUGCGAAGAUCUGGCGAACAUCCAUGACAUCCACGAUGAAGGCCGGAGGGACGAUGACGAGGAUCUGUUUGUCGAUGAGCCUCUGUCUCCACCGUCGAAACCGAAGGAUACUAUUGAGGACACUACCGAAGCCGUUAUGGUCCCGAUACCGACCGAUGAUAUCCCUCCACUGGACAAGACUCCAAGCGAGCCCCAGGCGCCCCAGAAAGAUGCGGAUGCGCCGACCACAGCACCUCAGGAGACAAAAUCGCAAGUCGAUGUACACAUGAGUGAUGCGCCUCCCGCCUACCAGGAGAAGGAAGAUCCAGUACCUGCGCAGCAGAGCAGUGAAGCGGCGCCUAAGGAUACGGAAGUUCCUAAGGCACCCUCGCCUCCGGUUGCGGCAGAAGACGACGAAUCCCUCCGGCAGAGCGGGAGGUCACUGGUAGAAGAUCUAAAAUCAGCAGAGUCAUUACCGCUCAGUCCACAAACUCCAGCGCCUGUGACGGCACAGACUUCGGAGGCGCAACAACCACCCCCAUCGACCGAGAAUAAGGAUGAGACGCCGCAACUCGAAGAGGAGGAAAAUCUCAUGGAUCUGAACAGCACUCCUGAUACGACCAUAGCUGAGGGUGAUGUCAGUGUCCGAUCGACAGGGUCGCUCGGCUCAAGCUUCACCGAAUAUCAGGCAAUGGUCGAACCGGAUCUGGACGGGAAUCCAGUGGUCGGUGACUAUUUGAAGAUGAUGUUUGUAGAGCACAAGGUCGUUCCGACGAUUCUGGAAUUCUUCUUCCGCUUCCCGUGGAACAACUUCCUCCACAACGUUGUUUACGAUGUUGUCCAGCAAGUCUUCAACGGCCCGAUGGACAGGGGAUAUAACCGUGCUUUGGCGAUCGAUUUGUUCGUCACAGGACGGAUUACCGAACGCAUAGUCGAAGGACAGAAGUAUUCCGAUAAGUUUGAGACAGGGAGGAGGAUGCGACUCGGAUACAUGGGACACCUGACCUUGGUUGCGGAAGAGGUAGUCAAGUUCGCCGAACGACAUCCUCCGGAGGUUCUCGGUUCGAAGGUGUUGGAGAAAGUGUCGGAUCCGAUUUGGAUCGAGUAUGUGGAGGAGACGCUUGCGGCAACCCGGGAACGGGAUAAUGCUAUCCUUGGAGGAGUACGGCCGGACAUGCACAUUCCCCGGAUCACCGGGAUGGGUUCAGUGCAGUCUCAAACAUUCACCAGCAAUGCUUCGACUGUCGGCACAUUGACUCUCGGAACUGGACUUGAUAGCAUCGACCUCGCCAACGGAAACACUGCGGGGACUGGUGGUAAUGGAAGGGAGGGCGGCAUCUUGAGCAGCGGCUUCGGAUCUUCAAGCGACGAAGAAGACGACGAUAUGGAGCAUGAUGACGACGAAGAGGAUGUUACACGGAUGGGACUGGGCAGCAGUAGUGAUCAAGUGGGUGACCUCAAUGACCUUUUGUUUGAUGACAUCGAGGAUAUGUUUGAAGACGACCUUGCUUGUUUAUGAUGACCAUGCGCUCUCUCAUGAGGCUGGUUAUUUUGUUUAUAUGUCUUUUUUAUGUGUACAUGUCUAGGGACCUUGUGUGUAAAAGUAUCCGGUGGUGGUGUUGAGGAUUCCCCCGAGUUGGUCUCUGUUUCUGUUGUGCUGGCGUUCUGGGGGGGCGGUCU